GGAAACCGCCUCAAUUAGAGUGUGCGUUACGUCAUGCAGAAGAGUUCGCAAAAUACCGGAGAACAGCAAUCUUCGGCUGAAUUCUUCUCACAUGAUGGGAUUUUUUCACUGGAAACAGCAAAGUGGUUCAGGAUAGUGAAUUCACUGACAAAUCUGCAAGUUUGUAACAAUUACUUGGUUGGUGCUACUUCAAAAAAUACUCUUAUAAGAACACCUACUAUUCCUCCUUAUAAUAUAACUGAAAUUGAAAUAAGCCGCCUAUCAGAUGAUCGAGUUCAUAAUAUCUUUCUUGAUCCUAUGGGUUGGCAUACUGUAAUUAGUAUGCAAUCGGGUAUAAAUUUCUACGUCAAUAAAGGCAUGAAAAAGGUUCGACCUUUAAAUAAAACCAAAGAUCAUUUAUUUGACUCUAUAGCAUGGAAUCAACAUAAUGUGAAUGAAUUUUGUACACAAGAAAUUCUGAUCGGUACUAAUGAUGGAUUAAUAUUUGAAACUAUGCUUAUAUUUAAUGAAGAUAGCUUUUUUAGUUCAAGUAAUAUUGAACAAUAUUGGAUUCAAAUUAUGAAUUUAGGUCAUAGUGUAACUGGUAUUGAAAUAAUACGUUUUCCUAUUGGUUCACCAAAUGUAUUAGUUGGUGAACCACAACGUUGUGUUAUCUUGGCUACAACACCAUGUCGUAUGUAUCAAUUUGCUGGUUGGAUUAAUACAAAUAAUGCUACUACUAAUAGUAGUAUUAAUACUAUUACUACUACAAUUACAGCAACUAGUUCAAUAUUAUCUCAUUUUACAUCAACUACUGGUAUUAGUGGUGGUACAAGUGGUACUAGUGGUAGUGGUACUAGUAGUCAUAAAUCAAGUCUAGUCAAUGAUUAUCAACCAUCACAAGCACAACCGCAAGCACAACAACAACAGCAACAGUCAUCUAUUGGAACACAAAAUACAACUCUAUUUCCUAAUUUGACUGGACUUUUUUAUAGUGUAUUCAAUUCAGAUGAUAAACAACUACCUGUAGGUUCUAAAGUUACUGAAUUCCCUGGAAGUUUUGGUUAUAGUGAUUUAAAACUUUAUCGUAAUGUAAAAGAUGAACUUCCAAGUAAAUUUGCAUGGAUGACAGGUCCAGGUAUUUAUUUUGGUUAUAUUCGUACAGAACAGUUAAGUAUGCCACCGUUUACAAAACUUUCCACGAAUUAUGAUCAUCAACAAUCAAUCGAUAUGAAAUCAUUUUCAAAUGACAUAACUUCCAUCAGCACACCAACUAGUAUGCCUGAUAAUCAUCAUACAAAUCGACAUUAUACAAAUCAACCAAAAGAUAUCUUUUCUGGUCGUGGUGUUAAUUUAACACGUCAUACAAAAUUAAUUCCAUAUCCAAUUAUUCAAAUACUUGAACGACCUGGUAUGCCAUUGAGUAUUUGUUUAACAGAAUUUCACUUGAUCAUAAUUUAUGUGGAUCGUAUUAAAGCUGUGAAUGUUUUAGAUGGACGUGUAGUUUAUUCUAUGCCGUUGAACAAUAUCAUUGGUUAUGAACGUGCUUUGGGCAUGUCACGUGAUCCAUUGUCCAAUCAGAUUUGGAUAUUUAGUAAUAAUCAUUUGGCACAAUUAAAUAUGAGCAAUGAAUUAUGUAGAAUAUGGCAAAUUUAUAUGGAUCGUUUACAAUUUAAUGAAGCACGUCAAUUUUGUCAGGAUCCCAGUCAAUUGGAUACAAUUAGUAUACGUGAAGCAGAAUAUAAUUUUGAUAAUGGAAAUUAUAUCAAUGCAGCUAAAUUAUUCGCUCGUAGUUCUUUACCAUUUGAACAAAUCGCUUUACGAUUCUGUCGUCUAUCGUCUCUGUCCUCAUCAUCGACAACCACAACAGGGCCAACAAUCGAUUUCGCAUCGAAUUUCAUUCAACAAGGUUAUGAAAUCAAUGAUGAUUAUGAUAUUAUGGAAGCAUUAAUUAAUCAAUCAAAACAAUCAAGUCAUAUGAAGCCACAACAACACAAUUUAUCAUCAUUCCUGUCAACAACAAAAACUAAAACAAAUCUAACAGAAUCAUCAUUUUACAAUGAUAUAACAACAUCCAUUACACCAUUGAAAAUAUUUCUCACAUAUAAAUUGAAUUAUUUGCUAGAACAGAAAAAAACCACCGCAUCAUUGAACACGAAUGAACAUCAAAAACCAUUUGCUGGUCAUAUUAUUCUAUUAGCAAUUUGGUUAAUUGAAUUAUUAUUGACAGAAUUAGGUGGGAUACGUGAUCGUCUUAUAAUGAAGACAAGAAAACAAGUCAGUGGUCGUGAUGAUGGUGAUGCGGAUGAUAAUGUUGAUGAUGAUGGCGGCAGUAUGGUUGGUGAAUUUGUGAUGGUCGCUGAUUGUGAUAAUGCUACUUCUACUGCUGCCGCUGCGGCGGCGGCGGCUGCUGAUAGCGAUGAUGAUGUUAAGAAAACAUUGAAAAAUCGUUUAGCUGUUGUACGACGUGAAUUUCGAGCAAUUAUAACAUUACCUGAAGUAUUGAAUUUUCUACCUGAAUCAAAAUCUUUAAUCUAUGAUUUAUUAGAUAGUCAUGGUGAAACAGAUGAAUUUAUUUAUUUUAUGGAAUUAAUGCAUGAUUAUUCUCGUUUAAUGUCUUAUUAUAUACGUCAAUCGAUGUAUAGUGAUGCAUUGAAAAUUGUUGUAAUGCAUACGACACCGGAUUGUUUACAACAAUUUUAUGCGAAUGCAUCAUGUUUAGCUAGUCAAUGUCCAGAAGAAUUUCUUAAUGUAUGCCUUCGUUUAAACAAUAAAUUAGAUAGUAAUCGACUUCUUCCUUCAAUUAUGUUAUUAUCACGUAAACAAGCAAUACGUUAUUUAGAAGAUUCAAUUGAAAAAUCUAUUCCUAAUCCAGCUGAAAAUUAUUCACCUAAUCAAAUUGCUCUACAUCAUAUGUUAAUCUCAUUAUAUGCACAUGAAUAUCAUUUAAAUCCUAGUGAUGAGAAUGAUCAUCGUUUCAUGAAUUAUUUAGAUAAAGUUAGUUUACAAGCAAUCAAUAUGAGACGAUUUAAACAUCAACAGAAUUUUCAACACCGUCGACAACAAACAAUUCAUGAUGAUCUGAUUGUUAACGAGGAUGAUGAUGAUGAUGUUGGUGAUCAUUUUGCGCAUGAUUAUCAAGCAUUGAAUAUUGAUUUAUCGGAAUUAUCUUUGGUAAAAAGCAAGAAUGAUGAUGAUGAUGUGAGUUCGACAAGAAAUCUAUUGAACACAUCGAAUAGUUUCAAUGAUCAAUCUACAGAACAAAAUAUUCAGUUAUUGUUACCUUAUGAUCCUGGUUAUGUGCUACGUUUAUGCAAAGAAAUUGGUCAUUUAAAAGGUAUGAUUUAUAUACUACAAUUAUUGGAUAUGCAUCAAGAAGCUUUACAAUUAGCUAUUGAACGGAAUAAUAUUCCGUUAGCUAAAGAAAUUGCUCAAAGUGAUUAUCUAAAUUCUAAUCUUCGUCGUCAAUUAUGGAUUCAAUUAGCUCAACAUAUUAUUAGUACAGAUGGAAAUAUGCAAGAAGCAAUUAAUUUGCUACGUGAAUGUCCUUUAUUAAAAUUAGAAGAUAUUCUGCCAUAUUUUCAUCAAUUUGUUACAAUCGAUCAAUUUAAAGAUGUCAUUUGUUCAUCGUUGGAUUCAUAUAAUGAACGAAUUGAUAAUGUGAAAAAUGAAAUACAACGUACCAUGAAAACAAUUGAUGAAUUACGUACACAAUCAAAUAAUCUACGUUAUAGAUUUGAAAUUAUCGAAAAUGAUUCACGUUGUAUUCAUUGUAAUCAUUUAUUAAUUUUACGUACAUUUUAUGUAUUUCCAUGUGGUCAUAAUUUUCAUAUAAAUUGUCUUAUUGAAUUGGUAAAACCAUAUUUAUCAACAGAAGAAAAAUUACAAUUGUCAAAAGUUGUUGAAUCACAAAAUCUUGGAAAAAAUGCAUCUGUCACUAAUCUUGAAGAUAUAUUUGAUGAAAUCAUAGCGAAUGAUUGUAUUCUUUGUGGUCAUAUUGCAAUUGAAAAUGUAUCGAAAUUAUAUUAUGAAAAUCAAGCAAAUUAUGAAAGUGAAUUAUCUAUUUGGCAAUAA